AUGAUUCCAACGCAAAACCUUUUGAACAGUGGUCUGGUUGUGUGCUGCUUGAUUCUGUAUUUCGUGCAAGUAGAGUCUAUACAUACCGAGGAGGGAUUAGAGCUAUUAUUUCGCGAAAGAUCCCAAUCGGAUUGGGAGAAUGUUUGGCAUCAGGAGACACAUUCACGUUGCCGCGACAAAUUGAUACGUCAGCUAUAUUGGGCCUGUGAAAAGGAUAUUUACCGGCUAACACGACGCAACCGCAAGCGCACAGAGAACGAAGCCAUGCAGAAAAGAAGCAAACCCAUAUCUCGCAUCUGGCUAAAACUGGAUUACGUGAACACUUUACUGCGCACUCGACGCGCAGAUGCGCCAUCGAUUACGAAUGAGUGUUGCACCAAAGUUGGCUGCACCUGGGAGGAGUACGCCGAGUAUUGCCCAUCGAAUAAGCGUCGUAAUCAUUACUGAGAUGAGGAGA